UUUGUGACAAGAGCAGAAAAUUACACGACGAGAGAAACAGAGAAAAAGUUCGACAGUUUUUGUUCCACUGAAUCGUCUGAAACAAUCAAUAAAUUCAUUGUGAAGUAUUUUGUAGGUGAUAUUCUAGUCAGUAAAGAGGAACAUCAACAGUUCUUGACAGGUGUUCAGUGGACUGUUCAGAUGAUGUCAUGGACUCCACAAAGGAUCUCAGUGGACAGACAGACACAGGGAAGGUCAAGAGGAUACACAAACCCUGCCGAAGUGCUGCGGGGAAUCAGGAUGAUGAGGCCCAUCCAUCAGCGAAGCAUCAAUCGAUGAGACGGUGUGAUGUUCAAGAGGACACUGUAGGGGAGCCGAAUGUUUUACCGCGAAAAGUCCUUCAGCUGGCUUGUGCAUAUGAACGGCAAUGUGUCAUUCAUGGAGAAUCUCCUGAAUCUAGCUGUGUGUCCAUGAAGAGUGACCGGUCAAUGGAUCCUCCACUUAAAUUCAGUUCAGGAGCCCCUUGUGCUGAUGUGAGUGUCAUUCAUGGAGAAUCUCCUGAACCCAGCUGUGUGUCCAUGAAGAGUGAUGAGUCAAUGCGUCAACCAAUUAAAUUCAGUUCAGGAGAGUCUUUGAUCAACUACAGAAACAAACAGGAUGAAUCAGAGUCAACUGCUGGGAAAGUGCCAUUGGACUCCAUUUUUGAGGAACUUGAGCACAAAAUCAUCUCUCUGAUGAAGAAAGAGCUGAAGAGUUUCAAGAGACUACUGAUCUCAGAUUCCCCAGCAUGCUCUGAGAGAGAGGAGGAGGAUGAUGAAGGUCAGAGCAGAGUCAGAGAGGGGUUUCUGAAGAUCACACUGCACGUCCUGAAGAAGAUGAAGCAGACAGACCUCGCUAACACACUUCACACCAAACUGAUUUCUGUGCAUCAACAAAAACUCAAAACAAAACUAAAAGAGAAAUUCCAGAGAAUGACUGAAGGAAUGUCAAAUCAAAGCAGCUCAACACUUGUGAAUGAGAUCUACACAGAGCUGUACAUCACAGAGGGAGGGAGAGCAGAGAUCAAUAAUGAACAUGAGGUGAGACAGAUUGAGACAGCAUCCAGGAGAGCAGAGACACAGGAAACACCAAUCAAAUGCAAUGACAUCUUUAAAGCCUUACCUGGACAAGACAAAGCCAUCAGAACUGUGCUGACUAAAGGAGUUGCUGGAAUUGGGAAAACUGUCUCUGUGCAGAAGUUCAUUGUGGACUGGACUGAAGGAAAAGCAAAUCAGGAUGUUCACUUCAUAUUUCCACUUCCUUUCAGAGAGCUCAAUCUGAUGAAGGACAAAAAUAUCAGUCUUAUGGAUCUUCUUCAUCAGUUUUUCACAGAUACAAAAGAACAGAGAGAAUUGAAAACAUUCCUUGAUGACUACAAAGUCAUUUUCAUUUUUGAUGGUCUGGAUGAGUGUCGACUUCCUCUAGAUUUCCAGAAUAAUGAUAUUUUAUGGGAUGUAACAGAAUCGGCCUCAGUGGAUGUGCUGCUGACCAACCUCAUCAAGGGGAAUCUGCUUCCUUCUGCUCUGCUCUGGAUCACCUCUCGACCAGCAGCAGCCAAUCAGAUUCCUCCUGAGUGUGUUGACCAGCUCACAGAUGUACGAGGCUUCAAUGACCCUCAGAAGGACGAGUAUUUCAGGAAGAGAGUAAAAGAUGAGCGUCUGGCCAACAGAAUCAUCACACACAUGAAAUCAUCAAGAAGCCUGUACAUCAUGUGUCACAUACCAGUCUUCUGUUGGAUUUCAGCCACUGUUCUCCAGAGACUGUUGAGUGAAGCAGAGAGUGCAGAGAUCCCCAAGACUCUCACUCAAAUGUUCACACACUUCCUGAUCUUUCAGAGCAAACUGAAGAGCCAGAAGUAUGAUGGGAAAUGUGAGGUGGAUCUUCAGCAGGCUAGAAAGAGGAUUCUGUCUCUGGGAAAACUGGCUUUUCAACAGCUGGAAAAAGGGAACCUGAUCUUCUAUGAGGAGGACCUGAGAGAGUGUGGCAUUGAUGUCAGAGAAGCGUCAGUGUACUCGGGAGUUUGUACCCAAAUCUUCAGAGAGGAGUUUGGACUGCAGCUGGGGAAGGUGUUCAGCUUUGUGCAUCUGAGCAUUCAGGAGUUUCUCGCUGCUCUGUAUGCUUUUAUUUCCGUUUCUCAAAAGAAAUCAGGUCUCUUCAGUAAGUUUAGGUCAUCUAUGAGUGAUCUCCUGCAGAGUGAAGUGGACAAGGCUUUACAGAGUGAGAACGGACACCUGGACCUUUUCAUUCGAUUCCUUCUGGGUCUCUCACUGAAGUCCAAUCAGACAAUCUUACGAGACCUACUGACACUGACUGGAAGCAGCUCUGACAGCAAACAGGAAAUAGUUGAGUACAUUAAGAUGAAGAUCAGGAAGAAUCCCUCUCCAGAGAAAUCCAUCAAUCUGUUCCACUGUCUGAAUGAACUCAAUGAUCAUUCUCUAGUGCAGGAAGUACAAACAUACGUGAACAGAAGAGAUAUCAAUCGUCUCUCUGGAGUCAGUCUCUCUCCUGCUCAGUGGUCAGCUCUGGUGUUUGUGUUGCUGAACUCAGAAGAGGAGCUGGAUCAGUUUAAUCUGAGGAAAUAUGAUCCAUCACAUGAAUGUCUUCUGAGGCUGCUGCCGGUGAUCAAAGCAUCCAGAAAAGCUGAUUUGAUGGGCUGCGAUCUGACAGAGCAAAGUUGUUCAGCACUGGCCUCAGUUCUCAGCUCAAACUCCUCAAGUCUGAGAGAGCUGGAUCUGAGUAAUAAUGACCUGCAGGAUUCAGGUGUGAAGCUGCUCUCUGACGCACUGAAGAGUCCUCACUGUAUACUGGAAAUACUGAGAUUUGCAGCUUGUAGAUUCACUGAUCAGUGCUUUGAAAGUUUGUCUUCAGUUCUACAAUCAUCAAAAUCCCUUAGAGAGAUGGACCUGAGUAACAAUGACCUGCAGGAUUCAGGUGUGAAGCUGCUCUCUGAUGCACUGAAGAGUCCUCACUGUAUACUGGAAAUACUGAGAUUUGCAGCUUGUAGAUUCACUGAUCAGUGCUGUGAAAGUUUGUCUUCAGUUCUACAAUCAUCAAAAUCACUGAGAGAGCUGGACCUGUGUAACAAUGACCUGCAGGAUUCAGGAGUGAAGCUGCUCUCUGAUGCACUGAAGAGUCCUCACUGUACACUGGAAAUACUGAGAUGUGCAGCUUGUAGAUUCACUGGUCAGUGUUGUGGAAGUUUGUCUUCAUUUCUACAAUCAUCAAACUCCCUGAGAGAGCUGGAUCUGAGUAACAAUGACCUGCAGGAUUCAGGAGUGAAGCUGCUCUCUGAUGCACUGAAGAGUCCUCAAUGUACACUGGAAAUACUGAGAUGUGCAGCUUGUAGAUUCACUGGUCAGUGUUGUGGAAGUUUGUCUUCAUUUCUACAAUCAUCAAACUCCCUGAGAGAGCUGGACCUGAGUAACAAUGACCUGCAGGAUUCAGGAGUGAAGCUGCUCUCUGAUGCACUGAAGAGUCCUCACUGUAUACUGGAAAUACUGAGAUUUGCAGCUUGUAGAUUCACUGGUCAGUGCUGUGAAAGUUUGUCUUCAGUUCUACAAUCAUCAAAAUCCCUGAGAGAGCUGGACCUGAGUAACAAUGACCUGCAGGAUUCCGGAGUGAAGCUGCUCUCUGGUGCAUUGAAGAGUCCUCACUGUACACUGGAAAUACUGAGAUUAUCUGGCUGUAUGGUGACAGAGGAAGGCUGUUGUUCUGUGGCAUCAGCUCUGAGAUCAAAUCUCUCACGCCUGAAAGAGCUGGAUCUGAGCUACAAUCACCCAGGAGAAUCAGGAGUCAGGCUGCUCUCUGAAAGACUCAACGAUCCAAACUGCACACUGGACAAACUUAAUGUGGAUCAUGGAGGAGAGUUCAGGAUUACAGCAGGACCACGCAAAUUUGUCUGUGAUCUCACACUGGAUUCAAACACAGUACACACUGAACUCAUUCUGUCUGAGGGGAACAGGAAGGUGACACGUGUGAGAGAGCGUCAGUCAUAUCCUGAUCAUCCAGAGAGAUUUGAUGUGUAUCAGGUUCUGUGUAGAGAGAGUCUGACUGGACGCUGUUACUGGGAGACUCAAUGGAGUGGAGAUGGUGCUGGUAUAUCAGUGUCAUAUAAAGAAAUCAGCAGGAAAGGAUGGAGUGAUGACUGUGUGUUUGGAUUCAAUAUAAACUCCUGGAGUCUGUGGUGCUCUAAUAACAGAUUCACUGUCUGGCACAAUAAUAACAGCACUGACAUACGUCCCCCUUCACACGACUGUAAGAGAGUAGGAGUGUAUGUGGACUGUCCGGCCGGCACUCUGUCCUUCUACAGCGUCUCUGACACACACACACUCACACACUUACACACACUCAUCACCACAUUCACUCGACCCCUCUAUGCUGGAUUUUAUCUUUGUCCUGAUUCCUCAGUGUGUGUGUGUGAAAUGGAUCAUCAGAGACACACACACACAACUGGAUGAGUGAAAUAUACUCACUGUAUCUCACAUCAACACAACUCCAAACUCUUUCUAGAAAUCAUUUCAUCAAUGAAACUGAUUGAAUUCAAUACAAUGACAGUACUUUGUCUUUUUUCCAUCUAAGAUUGCGAGCAAAGGUGAAGAUCUUCCUGUGUUUUAAGAACUUUGAGAGGACUAUCCAUGCUUUUAUCACGUCUCGACUCGAUUAUUGUAACUCACUUUAUACAGGUAUUAGUCAAGCUUCCCUUUCUAGUCUCCAAAUAGUGCAAAACACAGCAGCAGACUUCAAACUGGAGUUAAUAGGAACACAUUACACCUACAUUAAUAUCAGUACACUGGCUGCCGGGACACUAUAGAAUUGAAUUUAAAGUUCUAUUAAUGGUCUUUAAAUUCUUCUAUUCUGUUCUAUUAAUGGCCUCGACUAUAUCCCAUUUAAAUCCCAACUUAAAACAUCUGUUUGUGAUCACUUUUAAUCAGUGAGGUGAUCAUAUGUGCUAGAGGUGUAUUGCUGUGGAUUGUUUAUUUGAUUCAGUUUAUUUGACUCUGUACAGCACAUUGGUCAACAGCUGUUGUUUUAGUUGUGCUUUAGAAAUAAAGUGACAUUGACAUUAUUUUGACAUAAAGUAAUGAAGCCGACUGAUAUGCCCAUAAUUAACCCAACUGAUCCAGAAUGUGCUCAAAUGAGUUUUUACAAUCAAAAACAAUAAAUCUAUUCUUCUUUGUUUUUAAAGGAGGUUGCAUCAAGUCUUACACUAUUGGGAAAGUGUUUGUUUGGUUAUUUUGUUCCAAAUAAGAUAAAAGACAUUUCUUUUAGGAUAAAUCACAAAUUCUCCCUGUUGAACAUUUUCUUUGUAAGUUUCAGAAAGACAUUGAUGUUAACUGCUCUUUUAGCUCUUUGCACUUGAAACAGUGUCUCACAUUUUCUGGCAUUGUAGUGAUGUGAAACAGUUCUGGAAAGAUCUGUCCACGUUUAUUAAUGAAAAGAUUCACUUUCAUUUGGAAAAUGUCAUUUUUGGUUAUUUAAAAUAUGACAACAGUGUUAAUAGUGAAGCUUAUUUAAUUCAUCUGUUUAUUUUAUUAGUCAUAUUUCACACUCAUAAAUGCAAGUUUUAUAACAAAAAUCUCCUUUUUUCAGUAGUUUUUAAAUAAAUUGAGAAUUAUAUUUCUAUUAUUCAAAAUAGUACAAAUAGAAAAGCUGUAAAAACUGUUCAUCUGUGCUUUGUCUUCAGAAUCUGUGUAUAAAUGAAAGAUCAAGUGUGUUUGUGAAUGAAUGUUUUUUCCUCUUGCUCCCCUGAAACACAAAUAUAUGUUGUAUUGUGCUUGUGUUUUUUUGUUCAAAGCAUAAAAUAAUAAUAAUA